AUGCUCAGUACAUUAGCUAAGCGUUUUGCCUCCGGCAAGAAGGAUCGUAUGGUCGUUUUCUUCGGCCCACCGGGUGUCGGCAAGGGCACACAGGCCAAACUCCUUGAAAAGGAGUUCAACCUCUACCAGAUUUCCACAGGUGAUGCUCUCCGUGCCGAAAUCCGCGGCCAAACACAACUUGGCAAGCGUGUAAAGGGCAUCAUUGAGUCUGGCGGCCUUGUCGAUGAUGAUACAAUCAUGGAUAUCCUUCAGGCAUGCAUGCAGAAGAACACCGACAACAACGGUUACAUCUUCGAUGGUAUCCCACGUACAAUCGGCCAAGUUGAGAAGCUCGAUGCUCUCCUCGCUAAGAUGGGAACACCACUCACACAUGUUCUCUACCUUUCCGUCAACAUCGAUGAACUCCGUGAGCGCGUCUGCGGCCGUCUCUUCCACCCAGGUUCUGGCCGUGUUUACCACAAGGUCACAAAUCCACCAAAGAAGCCAAUGACAGAUGAUAUCACUGGCGAACCACUCAUUAUCCGUAAGGAUGAUACACCAGAGGUUUUCAACCAGCGUAUGAACCAGUACUUCGGCACAUUCCAGCCAUGCAUUGACUACUACUCCAAGAAGGGCAUUCUCCAGACAUUCCCAGUCGAUGGCCAGCCAAUCGAUGUCGUUCACAAGAAGCUUCAUGCUGCCCUCCAGUAA